AUUCAUCAACUUGAAGUUUAGUCUUCGUUUGACUCUAACCGCGAACGUACGUGUCGAGUGUCGACACUGAAAUCGUCUCGCGAUUUAUUCGAAUUUCGAGUGUUGUGUUUUUUUAUCGAAAAAGGAUUUUUGUGUUGUGGACCCGCUAGUUUCUUUAUACCCUAAGAACCAGUAAUGUCCUACGUCUAAACGUACAACAUCUACGAUGGCAAGCGCAGGCGCAGUCCUCCUCGAGGCCCGGCCCUUCCGGCCCUUCAAGUCCUCUGAGGAGUACCUCUAUGCGAUGAAGGAGGACCUGGCUGAAUGGCUCACGGUGCUGUACCCCGAGCUGAGGAUCAAUGCGGAUAACUUCCUGGACAGGCUGGAUACUGGCGUGGCUUUGUGCAGGCACGCAAACGCCGUCCGCGAAUCAGCGCGUCUGAUCCUCGACUCCCCGGUCCCAGAAUCCGAAGACGCCAUGAUCCUAGCCAAGGCUCUCCGCUCCAGACCAGCAGUCAACAUGCUACCAGCCGCCAAAGCCGGCACUUUCUUCGCUAGAGACAACCUAUCCAACUUUAUCGACUGGUGCAGAAGGGCUCUGGGAAUUCUCGAAUGUCUGCUAUUCGAAACCGACGAUUUAUGCUUGAGGAAAAAUGAGAAACAUGUCGUAUUAUGUCUUCUGGAGGUAGCCAGAAAAGGAGCUGUGCUUGGAAUGCCUGCUCCUUUACUUGUUCAGAUGGAAAAGCAAAUAGAGAGAGAGUUAGCUGGAGAGGAAUUGAGACCUGAUGAUUCAGCCCUUGGUCUAGUCCCGUCUGGACCUCAGCCGCAAUUGGUGACAAAUGAUUUGAGGAGUUUGGAUGAGAGAGUCAGGGAUUUGGUGGCAAGAUGCUCCUGUCCUACCCAGUUUCCGAUGGUGCGAGUUUCGGAGGGGAAGUACAGAAUUGGUGAUACCAGGCUGCUGAUUUUCGUUAGGAUUCUCCGCUCCCACGUGAUGGUACGCGUUGGAGGCGGUUGGGACACCUUGGCCCACUAUCUGGACAAACAUGACCCUUGCCGUUGCCGCGCUCAACACCGGACCUCUCUCUCAGCACGCUUAGCCCGCCCCAAGCACGACCUCGCUGGCGCCACUGUCACCUACGAACGACCAGACCCUGGCCCAACAUCUCUACCAUACAAGGAACCAACCUCCCUCCAAUACAAAGAGUCAAAAACAUAUGAACCCAUGUCGCUUCCUUACACAAAAGUCUACAACGACGACCCAAGGUCUGGCCAAUAUUUGUCAAGCAACAAAUUAGAUGCGCCAAGCAGUUUGCCAUAUAUGGGAGAUAUAGAUAGGGCUGCAUCACCAAGCAGGAAACAUCUUGCACCAAGAAAUAACAGUCCUGGAAGAAAUAACAGACAUUCCUCCUCCCCUGAUAGAAGAACCAAGAUUGUCACAACAAAUCAUUUAGUCCCCAACCCUCAUUCCAUCAGGAAUAAGAGUCCAAGACCGGUUUCUCCAGCACCAGCUGUGGAAAGUGCUUCGGACAAUGGGUCAGAGGUGUCUGAUGAAGGGUACAGGAGUCUUGGGGUAGUAGCCGGGUCCACGCAAGGAUCUCCUUCCACGAAGACCACGAAUAGAUAUUCGCUGCACAGUCAAAAUUCUAUGGACGACGCUGAUUUUAGUGAGCGUCUCGACCAAGACGACGGGUGUCACAUAGAUAAAAGCGAGCGUGUCGAUGACUACGUCAGCCUCAACACCGGACUGCGCAAGACAGACUUCUCUGACACCUUCUACGGCAGCAGGAAGAACAGCGCCGACGACAAGUCCAACCGCGCCAGCCCGGAGUGCAUCGUCAGCCACGAAAGCAACGACUCCCCGAGCAAAAGUCUCCGGCCAGUCAGAGCGGCCACGCAAUCCCCCGUGAAAACCAUCAGAAGUAGACAAGUGUCAAGAAUCCCACACUCCCCAGUCAGAAACAGAACGCCCAGCCGAGCGAACACCCCCAGUCCCAAACACACCCCAAACCAAUCCUCCCCAAAAUUAGCGCCCAAACUACCCCCAACAUCUCGCAACACAUGGGGAGGCAGAACCGCUCCAAACCAAGCCAAAACGAAAGCAAGACCGACAAUCGGAGCGGAUACUUUUGAAACCCCAAACAAAUCACCCAAAACGAAAGCAAAAACCAACCAAAAUAACGCUUUCCAGAGAAAUUCUCCUCUCAGAGCCAGCAGUGCUACUUUGAGGUCUCCGACUCAUCAAAAACAAUUGAGUCCGCUUUUAGAACAAAUUCUAAGAUCCGCAGAAUCUGCGAAAGAUGACGCAACAGUUCUUGAAAAGAUGAAGGAGAUCAUCAGAUCAUAUUCGAAAGGAGAGGAUUCUAUAUCAAGAACUAGUUCAAAAGAUUCUGAUUAUGCUGAUUUCACGUCUGCUUGGGUGAUGUCUGAUGGGAAAUUGGAGAGAUCGACGAGUACUAGACAGUUGGCAGCUCCUCGGAAAGAUCCGAGGACUGGUCCUUCCAGAAUACCGGCUCCUGUGGCUAUAGGGUGCAGGCGGUCCACUUCUACAUCCCAAUUUCAAUGACCUGAUGGAGAUCAGAAGAAAAAGACUGGUAAUAAUCCGAUUAUGAUUCGAAUCCAAGGUGACUAGUGAGUGAUUUAGUAGAUACGGAUAAUUCUUUUAGGAAAGUGAAAAAAAAUAUGUGCUUUCGCUUACAGAAGUAGCGUUAAACUUCGGCAUAUCUUUAGGGCAGUUUUUUUUCACAUAUUGUAUGUAUGAGAGCUCUAUUGAUUGAAAUAUUUAUAAAAGAAAAUAUCCCUGUCAUAUCUUUGCAAAAUUAGAUGUUUAAUUUCUAUAAUAAGGAAAAAAAACAUCA